GCGUUAGUUUUGGACCGUACGAGUUUCCGUUGACAUCAACCGAGUAGAAUGGCCGGCCCGAUAUGGUAUCGCUAUCUCUUUGGGCCCAAUCUUAAUCGCACUCACCGCUCACCGGAGACUGCCAGGCCCGACGGAAGGGUCGCGAGAAGGGGAUGGCCCUAUCAGCCGCGGAGCCUGGAGAAGCACGCCGACAGCAUCCUGGGCUGGGCCUCAGCUCUCUGGUCCCUGUCCUACUACAGCUCCCCCCUGCUGCUGUGUUACCUCUACAGGAAGGGGUAUAUCUGCAGCAGUAAGCUGGUCCCCUUUAGCCAGUAUGUCGGCACCGUGCUGGUCUGUCUGUUGGGCGUGGCCUGUCUGAGAGGCUGGGGUCGCUGGAGAAACUCUGAGUAUGUCCAGUUCAUUACCAUCCUGGAGGAGACCAGGAAGAAUCACAUACCCAGCAACAAGAAAAAGUUGGCUAGUUACGACUUCGACUUCUCCCACUGGCCAGCAGACUUCAACUGGAAAGAAGUUAGCAACCCGAAGUUGUCUAAAGGGGGCGUGUCUCUGCUGAAACCUGAGCCACGACACAGAGGAGCAGCCGACAGCAUCCUCAACACAGUCCGCACACUCCCCUGCCACAUCAUCAGUUUCCUGAUCGCACACUCGUUUGGGAGGAGGAUGUUGUAUCCUGGUUCAGUGGGGCUCCUGCAGAAAGCCAUGAGACCCAUGCUGCAGCAGGGACAGGCUCGCCUGGUAGAGGAGCUCAACGGUCAGAGGAGCAAGUUGAUUGCGUGUGAUGGGAACGAGAUCGACACCAUGUUUGUAGAUCGCCGCUCAGAGGGGGGAGCCAACGGGAAAACUCUAGUGAUUUGCUGUGAGGGAAAUGCUGGUUUCUACGAGGUCGGCUGCAUGAACACUCCAUUGGAAGGAGGAUACUCUGUACUCGGUUGGAACCAUCCUGGAUUUGGAGGAAGCACAGGCGUGCCGUUCCCUCAGAACGAGGCCAAUGCCAUGGACGUGGUCAUCCAGUUUGCCGUGCACAAGCUGGGCUUCCAGCUCACUGACAUCGUCGUCUACGCCUGGUCCAUUGGCGGAUUCACAGCUAGCUGGGCAGUGAUGUCUUACCCAGAAAUCAGAGCUCUGGUGCUGGAUGCCUCCUUCGACGACCUUCUGCCCCUCGCCCUCAAGGUCAUGCCUGACAGCUGGAGGCCAUUGGUGACAUACACAGUGAGGCAGUACAUGAAUCUGAACAAUGCAGAACAACUCUGCAAGUAUCAGGGACCGGUUCUGCUCAUCAGGAGAACCAAAGAUGAAAUCAUUACUACCACGGGUCCAGAAGACAUCACCGCCAACAGGGGCAACGACCUGCUGCUCAGACUACUCCAGUUCAGGUACCCAAAGAUCAUGACAGACGAGGGGGUGGCAUCCGUCAGACAGUGGCUGGCAGCAGGAUCACAAUUGGAGGAGGCAGAGCUUUACAGCAGAUAUGAGGUGGAUGAUGACUGGUGUGUGUCUGUACUGCAGUCCUACCAGACAGACACACACACACCCUUUCCUUGGGCCGUAGGUGAGGACAUGACUCCUGAGGGCAGAAGGCAGCUGGCUCUCUUCCUGGCACGGAAGUACAUGCGGAACUUUGAGACCACACACUGCACUCCUCUCCCAGCCUCAGAGUUCCACCACCCCUGGAGCCUUUAGGGGGCGACAGAGUCACCAUUUGGGGAGAGAGAGAGAUGUGAGAGUGAGUUAGAAAGAUAGGGAAAGAGAUGGAUGUGAGAGGGAGGGAGUGGAGAAUCACCAGCGAGAGGCGGAGUUUGGGUUUGAGGAUCAGCUGCAGAGCUUGUGUGUGUGUGUGUGUGUGAGAGAGAGAGUGUCUGCAUGUAUGAGAGCGAGUGAGUGAGUGAGUGUGUGUGUGGAGUUGCUACAUGCAUUUCGAUCUCUGGUUCUGCUGGGAGUUUAAGCUUGUUUUCCUGUGUUGGUAGAGGGGCUAUGUAGGGGUAGUGUGUGUGUGUGUUUUAUGGAGCGUUGCUUCAGGGAGACACCCACACACACUCUGGAGCGUAGCCCGUCUUCUCUCUGCGGCUCGCGUUUGUUUUUAUUUACUUGUUUAUGUUUUCUUAUGUGUUGUUUUGGUUUUUCUUUUCCAUGUUGAGAGCAUCACUCUGAACAAAGCUCCUGAAUAAACUACACGUGAAGUAAUCCAAUUAAUAAAAUCCUUAUCAUGGAAAAAACAAAA